CAGCCGGCGCGGCGAAUUUCGAUCACACGCAAAAGCAUGCCAUGGCAACCGCGUUUGUUUAAGCAAUCUCUGAAGCGUUGAUCAGUUUUACUACACCUGCUGUUGUACAGAACACACUAUUCGUAAGUACUUCUUCGUAAUAACGGUUCAAAUAAUAACAAGUGUUGCAAAAUGCCUGCUGAAGAUGAUGGGAAAAUGUCCACUGAAUCGUUUUGCGCUGCGAUACAAAACCCCGAUCGGAUGGUCCGGCAGCGAGCACUCAAAACGUUCGAGGAAACUUUCAUCAAGGGCACCGAAUCCGACGCUGAAUGUUCGAGACUAUUCGACGAAACGUACCUUCACAUCCUUCGCUGCUACAGUGACCGGUUCGAGUCCGUCCGAACACUCGCCGUAUCGGUAAUAGACGUGCUAUUGAGCAAACUGCCUACCAACGAUUACUAUCUCGACUGUAUGGUCCCAGUUUUGGCCAAACGUAUCGGACAGCCAGAAACGAUCGAAGACAGUGAGGAAUUGCGGUUGGUGCUGUUGGAACAAGUGGAAACACUGGUUGUAAAGUAUAGCGACCCGGACGGUAGCCAUGGUGAUCCGUUGUUGAAAGUAUUCGACAGUGUGGUGGAUAUACUGGUGAAAACUUUGCGCGAUCCAUACCCGGCUGCACAAAAGAAAAGUUGCGAAAUUGUGAUGGCACUGGCAGUGGCAACUCCGAGCUUACACUACCGCGCGGAAGUAUUAGUGGCGCCGGCUAAAACAAUCCUAGCUCAUCGACAUUCGGCGAAUCGUAUUGCAGCUAUAGAAACGCUUGGCGUUCUAUCGCUCCACAUCCUAUCGAAUGGAGACUGUGUAUCAGAAAUCAUCAUGGCUAUCUCACCUUUGCUCAUGGACGAUGUACCGUUUGUAAGACGUGCGUGUGGCCGAGUCGGAUGUCUUAUGAUGGAGAAGUUACGCGAUCGUUAUUCGUUUUUUCAUCGCAUUCUUCCAUUGGUAUUGAAUUGCUUGUGUGACGAAACCGUUGAAGUCCGUGAAGACAUCGAAAGUGGUUGGAAAAAGGCUGGAGAACUGUACUACCAUGAGAACGAAACCGAACUAUCAAAGGUUGCCUUGAUCGAAAAGCUUCCAGUUGGAUAUCCUGUUGAGCGCUACGUUCGACCCACAAUCGCCUGUCGUGCGAUUGUUCAACGCAGCUUGAGAGUGGUGAAUUUGGUACUGCACGAAAUGGAAGAGUGGAAGGAAAACAUUCGGCUUCACGCUACCAAACUGUUAAAGCAGAUAGUCUUGCACGCCGAGCGUGACUUUUCAACGCUGUUCAUCGAAGUGAAUCCUGUGCUUGCGAAAGCGUGUAUGGAUGCAGAAAGAAGCAUCGUGUUGGAGGCACUCAGUGUGUGUGAAUUGAUGGGGAUUUUGCUCGAAUACGAAACCUGGAGUCAACAUGUGUUGAACACGUUCCGGAAGUAUCCCACAAUUGGACAACUGCGCUGUAUGCGUACACUAUUCGCCAGCUGCGUACAGAACGAGGCAAAAUAUAACGAUGUACGGAAGUUUGCCGCACUGCUGCUCGACCCCGACGUUUGCCAUAACCAUCAGGAUGCUGCGUACCAGCGGGAAUUGCUAGAAUUUUGUAGCAUUCUUGCAUCGAUCGGACAAAUGCGGGAUAAAUUGACAGCAGGUAUUGAAGAAAUCUCGGUAACCGAAUCGGACGACGGUGAGCAUCAAACUCUCGAAAGAACACUAUACACUGUGGCACUGAAGGUGGUGGCAUUCUGUCAGGAGGUGGACGAAAGAGCAUCUGUGCGUGAUUUUGGGAUGGAAGUUUUGCGGCAACUGGACAGCAAUGUUGAGCGUUUGCAUCAGCACCAUCUUGCGAGCGUACUGGGCAGUAUUGGCCAUCUGGAUAGUGAAAAUUCCGACGCUAGCACAAGUAUUCUUUUGCUGUGUGGAAUUGUAUCGGUGUGUGGUUUUCAGGAAACCUAUUUCACGAUUCUACAAGAGACACUACAUAAAGCCCUUAAACAUGCAGCUCCGGAAGGAAAAGUUAAAAUAUUCAGCGCUAUUUCAAUGGCAAUGCUGACUUGGGAAACUCAUAACCGACAGCCUAAAGAAGAACAAAUCGCAAUGCUAACAACUUUCACGGAUACCUUGAUCGCUCCUCAUUUGGUGUGGUCAGCGGGCAGAAGUGCAGAAUCUAUCCGGGCGAUGGCAACUGCUUGCUUCGCUUCGAUGGCGCAAGGUGUUCAUUCAGAUGUGUAUAUGUCGGUUUUACCGAAUUACCUCAACGUACUUGCUGGUUUGAUCGAUGAUAAUUGUAUAUCCACACGUGCCUACACUUUAAAAGCGCUGGUACGGUUGGAAGCUUUGGAUUUUGAAUCAUUGAAACUGAUAGCAUUCCCCAUCAUGUCUCGACUGGACGAUCCAAGCGGUGAAGUACGCGAACUAGCAGCCGUAUGUCUGGGGCGUCUGAAACUCAUUAUGGCUUCGUCAGAAGCGAUAUCGUCUGAUCAGCAAAGUAUACUCGAACGUUGGCAAGAUAUAUUGCGUCAGAUUUUGUCGGUAAUGUUUCUCCAUUUGGAAAAUCCAGAAAUUAAAUUGCGUUCUGCAAUAUUCGAUUCGCUUAAACGUUUGUAUGUUGAUAACAGAGCCAUGAUUACUCACUUGGCGGAUGAAGUGCCUUCGGGUUGUUCAUACAAGAAAGAUCUGGAAACCAUUACUUCCCAGCCCAGCAAUAUGUAAGAAUAUGUAAGGAAGUAAAAAUUUGUACAGAAUAAUAAUAUAUAGUUACAUUAAAUUUUA